AUGAGGAAACACCGGCAUCUGCGCUUGGCCGUCCUGUGCCUUUUCCUCUCAGGCUUCGCAGUGGCUCGAGCGCAGCAGCAGUCGGCAGAUGUCAAAAGUGGUGCUGCUGCCGAUAUAAUAUUUCUAGUGGAUUCCUCUUGGAGCAUUGGAAAGGAACAUUUCCAACUUGUUCGAGAGUUUCUAUAUGAUGUUAUAAAAUCUUUAGCGGUGGGACAAAAUGAUUUCCGUUUUGCUUUGGUGAAGUUCAACGGCAACCCACAUACCGAGUUCCUGUUAAAUACGUAUCAUUCCCAGCGAGAGGUCCUCUCCCACAUUUCCAACCUGUCUUUCACUGGGGGAAGCAAUCAGACCGGAGAAGGAUUAGAAUACGUAAUGCAGAACCACCUGACUGAGGCUGCCGGAAGCCGGGCCAGGGACGGAGUCCCUCAGGUUAUCGUAGUGUUGACCGACGGACGCUCGGACCACCGCCUCGCCCUGCCCCCGGCCGAACUGGCGUCUGCUGACCUUAACGUGUUCGCAGUCGGAGUUGAGAGAGCAGAGGAAGCAGCCUUAAGAGAAAUAGCAAGCGAGCCGGUCCAUAGGCAUGUUUUCAACCCAGAGAAUCUCACGUCACUUCAUGACAUAGUAGGAAGCAUAGUCUCCCGUGUGCACGCAGCCGUGACUCCAGCCGGGGCCGGCGACACGGAGACCCUUAAGGACCUCACAGCACAAGACUCUGCUGACAUUGUUUUCCUUAUUGACGGAUCAAACAACACCGGAAGUGCCCAUUUCACAGUCAUUCGAGACUUCCUGGUCAAUCUCCUUGAGAAACUGCCAGUCGGAACUGAGCAGAUCCGAGUGGGGGUGGUGCAGUAUAGCGAUGAGCCCAGAACCAUGUUCUCCUUGGACUCCUACGCCACCAAGGCUGAGGUUCUGGAGGCGGUCAAGGCCCUUGGGUUCCUGGGCGGGGAGUUGGCCAAUAUUGGCUUCGCCCUUGAUUUCGUGGUGGAGAAUCACUUCACCCGGGCAGGUGGCAGCCGAGUGGAAGAAGGGGUCCCCCAGGUGCUGGUCCUCAUAAGUGCCGGGCCUUCUAGUGACGAGAUCCGCGACGGGGUGGUGGCGCUCAAGCGGGCUGGCGUGUUCUCGUUCGCGCUGGGAGCCCAGGCCGCGCCCAGGGCAGAGCUCCAGCACGUAGCCACCCAUGACAGCUUGGUGCUGACGGUCCCGGAACUCCGUAGCUUGGGGGACCUCCAGGAGCAAUUACUGGCGUACAUUGUGAGAGUGGCCCAGAGGCUCAUUGUCUUGCAACCGCCAACCAUUGUCACAGAAGUCGUCGAGGUCAACAAGCGGGACAUCGUCUUCCUGGUGGAUGGCUCGUCGGGCCUGGACCCGCCCAACUUCAGCGCCAUCCGCGACUUCAUCGCGAAGGUCAUCCAGAGGCUGGAAAUCGGGCAGGAUCUCAUCCAAGUGUCGGUGGCUCAGUACGCAGACACGGUGAAGCCCGAGUUUAAUUUCAAUGCCCACACGAGCAAGAGGGAAGUCAUCACCGCCCUGCGGAGAAUGAGGCCCAUGGGGGGCUCGGCCCUGAGGACCGGCUCCGCUCUGGACUUCGUUAGGAACAACAUGUUCACCAGCUCGGCCGGCCACCGGGAGGCCGAGGGGGUCCCUAAGCUCUUGGUGCUGUUCACAGGCGGCAAGUCCCUAGAUGAAGUCAGCCAGCCGGCCCAGGAGCUGAAGAGGAGCCGGGUCCUGUGCCUGGCCGUUGGGAGCAAAGCCGCCGACCAGGCUGAGCUGGAGGACAUGGCCUUCGAUUCGUCCCUGGUGUUCAAGCCGGCCGAGUUCCAAGUUGCCCCUCUGCAGAGCAUGCUGCCCAGCUUGUUGGCGCCUCUCAGGACCCUCUCCGGAACUGAAGUUCACGCAAACCAAAGGGAUAUCAUCUUUCUUUUGGACGGAUCGGUCAACGUCGGAAGGACCAACUUCCCCUACGUGCGGGACUUUGUCGCGAACGUAGUUAACAGCCUCGAUGUUGGGAGUGACAGGACCCGAGUGGGCUUAGUGCAGUUUAGCGACUCCCCGGUCACGGAGUUCUCCCUAGACACUUACCAGAGCAAGGCCGACCUGCUGGCGCACCUGCGGCGGCUGCAGCUCCAGGGGGGGGCGGGCCUGAACACAGGCUCCGCCCUGCGCUAUGUGCAUGCCCACCACUUCACCGAAGCCGGCGGCAGCCGCAUCCGCGACGGCGUGCCGCAGCUCCUGCUCCUGCUCACGGCCGGGCGGGCCGAGGAUGCCUUUGUGCCAGCGGCCAGGGCGCUGGCCCAGGAGGGCGUCCUGACCUUCUGUGUGGGAGCUCCCCAGGCCGACAAGGCCGAGCUCGAGCAGAUGGCCUUCAACCCCAGCCUGGUGUAUCUCACGGACGAGUUCAGCUCCCUGCCCACUUUGCCGCAGCAGCUCAUUCAGCCCCUGACCACGUAUGUUAGUGGAGGUGUGGAGAAGUUCCCACUCACCCAGCCAGAAAGCAAGCGAGACAUUCUGUUCCUCUUCGAUGGCUCGGCCAACCUCGUGGGCCAGUUUCACGCUGUCCGAGACUUCCUCUCCAGGGUGAUCGACGAGCUGGACGUGAAGCCGGAGGGGACCCGGGUGGCCGUGGCUCAGUUCAGCGACGAUGUCAAGGUGGAGUCCCGUUUUAACGAGCACCAGACUAAGCCUGAGAUCCUGAAUCAUGUGAAGAAGAUGAAGAUCAAGACGGGCAAAACCCUCAACCUGGGCUACGCGCUGGACUAUGCGCUCAGGGUCAUUUUUGUGAAGUCCGCCGGAAGCCGAAUCGAAGACGGGGUGCCUCAGUUCCUGGUGCUGCUGGUGGGCGGAAGGUCGUCAGAUCCGGUGGAAGAACAGGCCCGCCGGCUGAAUCAGAGCCCCGUGGUGCCCUUCAUAUUACAGACCAGGAACGCCGACCGUAUCCAGUUAGAGCUGCUGGUCCCGUCCUCUUCCUUCAUCCUGGUCACAGAGUCGAUUCCCAAAAUUGGGGAGCUCCAACCACAGAUUGUGAACCUCUUAAAGACGGUGGAUAACGGGGCGCUGAUUUCAGGUGAAAAGGACGUGGUGUUUCUGCUCGACGGCUCAGACGGGGUCGGGAGUGGCUUCUCUCUGCUGAAAGAUUUUGUCCAGAGAGUGGUGGAAGGGCUGGACGUGGGCCCGGACCGCGUCCGGGUGGCCGUGGUGCAGUACAGUGACCGGACCAGGCCCGAGUUCUACCUGAAUUCAUACAUAGACCAGCAGGGCGUGGUCGAUGCCGUACGCAGGCUGUCCCUGCUGGGGGGACCCGUCCCCAACACCGGGGCUGCGCUGAACUUCGUCCUGCGCAACGUGCUGACCGGCUCGGCCGGGAGCAGGAUGGCGGCGGGCGUGCAGCAGCUGCUGUUCGUCCUCACGGCCGACAGGUCUGGCGAUGACGUGAGCGGCCCCUCGGCGGUGCUGAAGAGGGGCGGGGCGGUGCCCGUCGGCAUUGGCAUCGGAAACGCCGACCUCACGGAGAUGCAGACCAUCUCCUACGUCCCGGACUUCGCCGUGGCCGUUCCCACCUUCGGGCAGCUGGGGGACAUCCAGCAGAACGUCCAGAGGGUGGCCCGGCUCAGCACCGAGGACAUAAUCAAACUGCGAGGCGCAGGCGGCAAGAAAGAUGUGGUCUUUCUCAUCGAUGGGACCCAGCGCGCGGGCCCCGAGUUUCCGUACAUCCGCAUCCUCAUCGAGAGGCUGGUCGACGCGCUGGACGUGGGCUUCGACACCACCCGGGUGGCGGUCAUCCAGUUCAGCGAGGACCCACGGGUGGAGUUCCUGCUCAACGCCUACACCAGCAAGGAGGAGGUGCGGAACGCCGUGAGGCAGCUGCGGCCCAAGGGCGGCCGGCAGGCCAACCUCGGGGCCGCCCUGGAGUACGUGUCCAAGAAUAUCUUUAAGAGGCCCCUGGGGAGCCGGAUUGAAGAAGGCGUCCCUCAGUUCCUGGUCCUCAUUUUGUCCGGGAAAUUGGGGGAUGAGGUGGACGACGCGGCCGUUGAGCUCAAGAAGCACUAUGUGGCGCCAUUGACCAUCACGAAGGACAGGGACCUGGAGGAGCUGGGGAAGAUCUCCCUGAGCCCCGAGUACGUGUUCUCAGUGAACACCUUCCGGGAGCUGCCCGGCCUGGAGCAGAAGCUGCUGACGCCCAUCACGACCCUGAACUCGGAGCAGAUACAGAAGAUUCUGGCCAGAACCCCCUACCCUCCCGUUGUCCACAGCGACGCCGCCGACGUGGUCUUCCUCAUCGACAGCUCUGACAGCGUGAGGUCCGAAGGCAUCGCCCACAUCCGAGACUUCAUCAUGGGGCUUGUCGGGAGGCUCAAGAUCGGCCCCAACAGAGUGCGAGUGGGUGUCGUGCAGUUCAGCAACAACGUCGUCCCGGAGUUCCUGCUGAAGGCCUAUAAGACCCAGGCCGAGGUGCUCCAAGCUGUGCGGCGCCUGAGGUUCAUGGGCGGGUCUCCGCUCAACACCGGCAAGGCUCUGGAAUACGUGGCGAGAAAUCUCUUUGUCAAGUCUGCUGGGAGCCGGAUCGAAGACGGGGUCCCCCAACACCUGGUUUUGUUUCUGGGUGGAAGGUCCCAGGACGACGUCUCCAGGUUUUCACAGGUGCUACGCUCCUCAGGGAUUGUGAGUUUAGGGGUCGGAGACCGGAACAUGGACAGGACGGAGCUGCAGACCAUCACCAACAACCCCAGACUGGUCUUCACGGUGCGCGAGUUCAGAGAUCUCCCCAACGUAGCAGAAAAUGUCCUGAACUCGUUUGGACCCUCUGGGGUCACUCCCGCACCUCCGGGAGUGGGCACACCUAUGCCCCCACGGACAGAUAAGAAGAAGGCAGACAUCGUGUUCCUGUUGGACGGCUCCAUCAAUUUCCAGAGACGCAGCUUCCAGGAGGUGCUCCAGUUCGUGUCCGAAAUCGUGGACACGGUGUACGGGGAGGGCGACUCCAUCCAGGUGGGGCUGGUGCAGUACAACUCGGACCCCACCGACGAGUUCUUCCUGAGGGACUUCUCCACCAAGCAGGACAUCAUCGACGCCAUCAACAAGGUGGUCUACAAAGGGGGGCGGCACGCCAACACCAAGGUGGGCCUUGAGCACCUGCGGGUGAACCACUUCGUGCCCGACGCGGGCAGCCGCCUGGACCAGCGGGUCCCUCAGAUCGUGUUUGUGAUCACGGGCGGGAAGUCCUCGGAGGAUGCUCAGGAGGCGAGCCUGGCCCUCACCCAGAGGGGUAUCAAAGUGUUCGCGGUGGGCCUGGGCCAUGUCGACUCGGAGGUCGGGAAGAUCGCGUCCAACAGCGCCACGGCCUUCAGGGUGGGGAACAUCCAAGAGCUGUCGGAGCUGAAGGAGCAGGUGCUGGAGACCCUGGACGACGCCAUGCAUGAGACCUUGUGUCCGGGGGUGACUGACGUGUCCAGAGCCUGCAAUCUGGAUGUGAUCCUGGGCUUCGACGGCUCGAGGGACCAGAACGUCUUCGUGACGCAGAAGGGCCUCGAGGCCAAGCUGGGCUCCGUCCUGAACAGAAUCGGCCAGAUGCAGGGCCUCAGCUGCAGCGGCGGCCGGAUGCCCACUGUGCAGGUGUCCGUGAUGGCCAGCACGCCCUCGGGCCCAGUGGAGGCCUUCGACUUCGCCGAGUACCAGCCGGAGCUGUUGGAGAAGUUCCGCAACAUGCGCGGCCAGCACCCCUACGUGCUCACGGCGGACACGCUGAAGGCCUACCAGAGCAAGUUCAGGCGGGCGUCGCCCAACAGCGUGAAGGUGGUCAUUCACUUUACCGACGGGGCGGACGGAGAUCUGGCCGACUUACAAAGGGCGUCGGAGGAACUCCGACAAGAAGGGGUCCAGGCUCUCAUCCUGGUGGGCCUCGAGCGCAUAGCCAACUUGGAGCAGCUGAUGGCACUGGAGUUCGGACGAGGGUUCAUGUACAACAGGCCCCUGAGGCUCAACCUGCUGGACCUGGAUUACGAGCUGGCGGAGCAGCUGGACAACAUUGCCGAGAAGGCUUGCUGUGGGGUGCCCUGCAAAUGCUCUGGACAGAGGGGCGACCGCGGACCCAUCGGCAGCAUCGGGCCGAAGGGUGUGUCUGGAGAAGACGGCUACCGCGGUUACCCCGGGGACGAAGGCGGGCCGGGUGAACGGGGUCCCCCGGGCGUGAACGGCACUCAAGGUUUCCAGGGCUGCCCCGGCCAGCGGGGAAUAAAGGGCUCCCGCGGGUUCCCCGGAGAGAAGGGUGAAUUAGGGGAGAUCGGGCUGGAUGGUCUCAACGGUGAAGAUGGAGACAAGGGCGUGCCUGGCUCUUCCGGAGAGAAGGGGAAUCCUGGGAGAAGGGGGGACAAAGGACCUAAGGGGAGCAGAGGAGAAAGAGGAGAUGCUGGAAUUCGAGGUGACCCGGGUGACUCAGGACGGGACAGCCAGCAGAGAGGACCCAAAGGAGAGACUGGGGACAUCGGGCCCAUGGGUCUCCCGGGGAGAGAUGGGGUGCCUGGGCAGGCUGGAGAACCCGGGAAGAACGGCGGCUAUGGCCUAAGGGGACCGGCAGGAACUAAGGGCAACCCUGGUGGUCCGGGCCAGCCGGGCUCCGCGGGAGAGCCGGGGACCCAGGGAGCACAGGGUCCAGCUGGUCCCACCGGUCCCCCAGGCCUGAUGGGAGAACAGGGCAUUCCCGGACCGCGGGGGAGCGGAGGGCCUGCAGGUGCUCCGGGAGAACGCGGCAGGAUCGGUCCCCUGGGAAGAAAGGGUGAGCCCGGAGACCCAGGAGCCAAGGGAGGAAUCGGGAGCCGAGGGCCCCGUGGGGAGAUGGGCGACAACGGGCGAGAUGGAGCUGGCGGUGAAGGGCGCAAAGGCAAAAAGGGAGAAAGGGGCUUUCCUGGACACCCAGGUCCGAAGGGCAUCCAUGGGGACCCCGGGACAGGGGGAGCGCCGGGACCCAAAGGCAUCCGAGGCCGAAGGGGAAAUUCAGGACCUCCAGGGCCCGGUGGACAGAGGGGAGACCCUGGCUACCCAGGACCAUCUGGUUACAAAGGCAACAGAGGCGACUCGAUCGACCAAUGUGCCCUUGUCCAGAGCAUCAAAGAUAAAUGUCCUUGCUGCUACGGGCCCCUGGAGUGCCCCGUCUUCCCGACGGAACUGGCCUUCGCUUUGGACACCUCAGAGGGGGUCACGCAAGACACCUUCAGUCGCAUGAGGGACGUGCUCUUGAAGAUCGUGGGUGACUUGACCAUUGCCGAGAGCAACUGCCCGCGGGGGGCCCGCGUGGCCGUGGUCACCUACAACAACGAGGUGACCACGGAGAUCCGGUUCGCUGACUCCAAGAAGAAGUCGGUCCUCCUGGACAGGAUCAAGAACCUCCAGGUGGCUCUGACGUCCAAGCAGCAGAGCCUGGAGACCGCCAUGUCGUUCGUGGCCAGGAACACCUUCAAGAGAGUGAGGAGCGGCUUCCUCAUGAGGAAAGUGGCCAUUUUCUUCAGCAACAAACCCACCAGGGCGUCGCCGCAGCUCAGGGAGGCUAUGCUGAAGCUGUCGGAUGCGGGGGUCACGCCUCUGUUCCUCACCAGCCAGGAGGACCGGCAGCUGGUCAACGCUCUGCAGAUCAAUAACACGGCCGUGGGACACGCGCUGGUCCUGCCGCCCCGCAGGGACCUCCCGGACUUCCUGAAGAAGGUCCUGGCCUGUCAUGUCUGCUUGGACAUCUGCAACAUCGACCCGUCCUGUGGGUUCGGCAACUGGAGGCCCACCUUCCGGGACAGGCGAGCGGCGGGCAGCGACCUGGGCAUCGACGUGGCGUUCGUCCUGGACAGCUCCGAGUCCACCACCCCGUUCCAGUUCAACGAGAUGAAGAAGUACAUAGGGUACCUGGUCAGGCAGCUGGACCUGAGCCCCGACCCCAAGGCCUCCCAGCACUUUGCCAGGGUGGCCGUGGUGCAGCACGCGCCCUACGAGUCCGUGGGGAACGCCAGCACGCCGCCCGUGCAGGUGGAGUUCUCCCUGACUGACCACAGCUCCAAGGAGAAGGUGGUGGAUGCCCUGGGCAUGAGGAUGGCACAGCUGCAGGGCACCAGGGCCUUGGGCCGCGCCGUGGACUAUACCAUAGAGCACGUUUUCGAAAGUGCGCCCAACCCACGGGACCUGAAGGUCGUGGUCCUGAUGCUGACGGGCGAGGUGCCGAAGCAGCAGCUGGAGGAGGCCCAGAGGGCCAUCUUGCAGGCCAAGUGCAAGGGCUACUUCUUCGUGAUCCUGGGCAUCGGCAGGAAGGUCAAUGUGAAGGAGGUGUACGGCUUCGCCAGCGAGCCCAAUGACGUCUUCUUCAAACUGGUGGACAAGUCCACGGAGCUCAACGAGGAGCCGCUCAUGCGCUUUGGGAGGCUGCUGCCCUCCUUCGUCAGCAGUGGAAAUGCUUUUUACCUGUCCCCAGAUAUCAGGAAACAGUGUGACUGGUUCCAAGGGGACCAACCAGCAAAGACUCACGUGAAAUUUGGCCACAAACAAGUAAAUGCUCCAAAUAACAUUACUUCGAGUCCUACAUCCAAACCGGUGACCACGACCAAGCCAGUGGCCACCACAGAACCGGUGACCACCACCACCAAACCAGUGGCCGUGGUCAACCUGCCGGCCUCGAAGCCGGCUGCGUCCAGACCCGCGGCCGCCAGACCUGUGCCCGCCAGGACGGACGCCACGAAGCCCGCCACCUCUAGACCCGCAGCGGCCGCCAAACCAGUGGCAGCAGCGAGGCCAGCAGCCCCAAGACCCCCCGCCCCCGCCAAGCCAGUGGCUGCAAAGGAGGCCUCCAAGCCCCAGGCAGCCAGGCUGGCCGCCACCAAGGCAGACACUGCGAAGCCCGUGGUCAAGGCGCCCCGAGAGGUGCAGGUGUCUGAGAUCACGGAGAACAGCGCCAAGCUCCGCUGGGACAGGCCGGAGCCCCCCAGUGCUUAUUUUUACGAGCUCACCGUCACCUCAGCCCACGAUCAGUCCCUGGUCCUGAAGCAAAACCUCACGGUCACGGACCGCGUCAUCGGGGGCCUGCGUGCCGGGCAGACGUACCACGUGGCGGUGGUGUGCUACCUGAGGUCUCAGGCCAAGGCCACCUUCCACGGAAGUUUCAGUACAAGGAAAGCUCAGCCUCCACCUCCGCAACCAGCCAGGUCGGUCUCCAGUUCAGCCAUCAAUCUCAUGGUGAGCACAGAGCCGCUGGCUGGCAGAGAAGCAGAUAUAUGUCAGCUGCCCAAGGAGGAGGGGACGUGCCGGAAAUUCGUGUUGAAAUGGUACCAUGACGCCCAGACCCGGAGCUGCGCCAGGUUCUGGUAUGGCGGCUGCGGCGGGAAUGAGAACAGAUUCGAUUCUCAGAAGGAGUGCGAGAAGGUCUGUGCCCCCGUGCUUGUCAACCCCCGAGUCAUCACUGCGAUUGGGACCUAAGCGUGGCGGACCGGGGACGCAUACCUCUUGAAGAAGGAGUCAGCCAUUGGCAGUUCGUCUUCGUAGAAGCCCUGGGCAUAGAUUCCCUGGCACUGCACCAUUUCACGCUUUGAUGUACACUCAACCUUGGGAGGACCCGCCUGCCGCCUGCCUGUCCGCACGGUGCUAGUGACUGCGGACCCAGCCCUCGGUCUCCGGGCAGCUGUAGCCUAUACUCUGAACUUGUGUAAUAGUUAGCCACUGCCGGUGUUCGUGUGAGCAUCCCUGUAGGUUCAAACCCUCUGAGUCUCACGUUUGCCUGUUUCCAGCAAACGAAAGGUCCGGGAGCUAGCCCCGGACUUCACCGCCGCUCUCUCCUUCCGCUUGACCGUCCCCUCUCUCAAGGAAGCGCGACGUUAGACGGAAAGCCUGCUACGGCGCACGCGCCAGAGUCCACCUUCUCCACUUCCCCCCAAACCCUGGGUUUGAUCGCGAGGGGAUUCUCCUUUUCCGAAGCCUCCCACAAGCCGUCGGGUCGGAGGGAAGCAGGCCCUCCCGGCCUCUGUGCACUGUGGUAGGACCGAGGCCUUCAGCAGAGCGAAGACAACGUCGCGACAGGGCACAUGGCUGGCAUC